AUGGGAAAUUUGACUACAACAAUAUUCCGCUGUAGACGACAUCAGGUGAUUGUACUCGGGCUUGAUAAUUCUGGUAAAUCAACAAUUGUCUAUCAGCUGAAAUUGAAACAUUUUGUACAGCAAGCACCGACUAUUGGGUUUAACUGUGAAAAGUUUCGUAUCAAAAACGGUGCAGCUAAAGGUCAGUAUUUUACAGUUUGGGAUAUUGGCGGACAAGAAAAACUGAGACCACUUUGGAAAACUUAUUUGAGACAUGCCAGUGUAUUGGUAUUUGUCGUCGACUCCACAGAUCAAGAAAGGUUCGAUGAGGCAGGUGUCGAGAUUGGCAGCUUAAUGCGCUUUGCUAAUCUGCCUAACAAUGUUCCAAUAGUGUUGUUGGCCAAUAAACAGGAUCUUCCGGAAGCUAAAUGUUGCGAUUUGGUGCGUGAUACUGUUGCCUGUAACGUCGGUAAGCAUUUGCUUCGAGUUCAGCCAUGUUGUGCAAUCACCGGCGAAGGCCUUGAUGACUUUUUUGGCGAACUCUAUCAGCUGAUCGUUGAAGCUAAGUAA